UGAGGCGGCCGCGGGUUCGGCGAGUGUCGGCGCUGCUCUGCGGGGCCUGGCCAGGCUGGCCGCUGCUAUCGCCUGGCAGUGAGGACAGGCUCUCGGGGCGGGCGGAAUGGCCCCCGCCUAGGGCGGUGGGAGAAGCGGCUGCGCCCAGGAUGCUGGGGAGGCGGCGCGGCGGCUCCUCACUCAUCCCAGUAGAAUGUGGAGAUAAUGACUUCUUGGGGAUGAAGCAAAUCUGAACGCCAGAGUUGUUGAUCAUCUUUCUGAAGUGGAAUCUCCAUGGCCUGAACAUUUUCUGAAAAUCAUUCUGAGCAAACUGUCUGUUUAAAAACAAGAUAACCACAUCAAGAUGGUUGGAAAACUGAAGCAGAACUUACUAUUGGCAUGUCUGGUGAUUAGUUCUGUGACUGUGUUUUACUUGGGCCAACAUGCCAUGGAAUGCCAUCAUCGAAUAGAGGAACGUAGCCAGCCCCUCAAAUUGGAGAGCACAAAGACCACUGUGCGAACUGGCUUGGACAUCAAAGCCAACAAAACCUUUGCCUAUCACAAAGAUAUGCCUUUAAUAUUUAUUGGAGGUGUGCCUCGGAGUGGAACCACACUCAUGAGAGCCAUGCUGGAUGCACACCCUGAUAUUCGUUGUGGAGAGGAAACCAGGGUCAUUCCUCGAAUCCUGGCCCUGAAGCAGAUGUGGUCGCGGUCAAGUAAAGAGAAAAUACGCUUGGAUGAGGCUGGUGUCACCGAUGAAGUGCUGGAUUCUGCCAUGCAAGCUUUCUUACUAGAAAUCAUUGUUAAGCAUGGGGAGCCAGCCCCUUAUUUAUGUAAUAAAGAUCCUUUUGCCCUGAAAUCCUUAACUUACCUUGCUAGGUUAUUCCCCAAUGCCAAAUUUCUCCUGAUGGUCCGAGAUGGUCGGGCAUCAGUACAUUCGAUGAUUUCUCGAAAAGUUACUAUAGCUGGGUUUGACCUGAACAGCUAUAGAGACUGUUUGACCAAGUGGAAUCGUGCCAUAGAGACCAUGUAUAACCAGUGUAUGGAGGUUGGCUAUAAAAAAUGCAUGUUAGUUCACUAUGAACAACUUGUCUUACAUCCCGAACGGUGGAUGAGAACACUCUUAAAGUUCCUCCAUAUUCCGUGGAACCACUCAGUAUUACACCAUGAAGAGAUGAUUGGGAAAGCUGGGGGAGUAUCUCUGUCAAAAGUGGAGAGAUCUACAGACCAAGUCAUCAAGCCAGUCAAUGUGGGAGCUCUAUCAAAAUGGGUUGGGAAGAUACCUCCAGAUGUUUUACAAGACAUGGCAGUGAUUGCACCCAUGCUCGCCAAACUUGGAUAUGACCCAUAUGCCAAUCCACCUAACUAUGGAAAACCUGAUCCCAAAAUUCUUGAAAAUACUAGAAGGGUCUAUAAAGGAGAAUUUCAGCUACCUGAAUUUCUUAAAGAAAAGCCUCAGCAGACUGAGCAAGUGGAGUAGCAGAGCCAGGAGCCUCUUUCUUACAUGAGGAAGACAGCUGCCUCUUCAACAGAAGGGAAACUUCUAGGACUAGCUGUGCCCUGCGGAGACCAGUGGAGUACAUGUACCAUGGCCCACAUCUCCCAUUCAUUUGCCAAUCUCCUCCUGCUGAGAAAGAAGGUGGGGUGUCAGUCCACCUCUGGGCCUUCCCGAGUGGCCUGCGUUCUGAGUACAGUGCUCCUGAUCCUAAUUACACGCAUAACCCUGUGGAUACGGAGCCCAGAGGGGAUGUGUACUUUCUUCUGUUAAAACUGCUCUGGUCCUCAUCUUUUCUUAUCAGAUUCUAAUCUUUGGUUUCAAGGGGAGGGCUUCAAAAUGGGAUUCUUAAAGCAAAAUUGGGCAGUUUCGUCUUGAAAUAGGUCGUCUGUACGUGUUCUAAUGUUUUGUAGAACACUUGUCCCUGUUGAAAUGUAUUGAUGUGGAUAAUGUUAAAUGUCUUAAUUAUUUAAAUAAUUCAUUGUAUUGUUUCUGAGAAGUUGGGGAAUUACCAUAUACAUUUACAACUUAAUGACUUUUGUAUUUUAUUUUUCAAAAUAAAAGCUUUAAAUGUGAAACA